ACACUCGAUAACGAACCUAGAACCGCUCAUUUUAUCAAAUCAGAACCGGUUCAGCAUCAGCCGCGAUGCACAUUCUCGACACCGGAGCUCGUUUCUCCGCCGUUAGAUUCUCACCGGUAUUAAAUCCUCCCCGCAGCAGAUACUUCAUAGUAAGGGCUAAUCUCCCGUUUCCGAAGCAUCAAGCUAAGUAUCACAGAGAGCUCGAAGCCGCUAUUGAUGCUGUUGACAGAGCUUGCCGCCUCUGUGUCGAUGUAAAGAGAUCGCUUUUCUCUUCCAAAGACAAGAUUCUCGAGAAGAAUGACCAAACACCAGUUACCAUUGCAGACUUCGGAGUGCAAGCUCUAGUCAGCUUAGAGCUAUCGAAACUGUUUCCUUCAAUACCUUUGGUCGCUGAAGAAGACUCUCUUUUUUUGCGUGAGAACAAUCUUGUGAGCUCUGUUGUUAGUGAAGUCAUCGCUAAAGCUAGCGUUGGAGAUGAUCGCUUAUCUGAUGCUGAUGUACUAGAAGCUAUUGACAGAGGUGGCAAAGAUGCUUAUACUUUUUGCAACAAACCUGCUACUUAUUGGGUUUUGGAUCCAAUAGAUGGCACUAGAGGGUUCCUUAAAGGAGAUGAUGCUUUAUAUGUGGUAGGAUUGGCCCUUGUUGUAGAUAAUGAAAUUGUGCUAGGGGUCAUGGGCUGUCCAAACUGGCCUGGUGACUCUUCUGAUGGAACCACCGGUACUUUAAUGCUCUCUCAUAUUGGCUGUGGAACGUGGACCAAAAGUUUACAAGUAACCUGUGAUUGGACAAGGCGUUUUGUUGAUGCAUGUGGUUUAGUGAACAAGGCUCGGUUUUGUAUUCAAGAUAGCCAACCCUGGGAAUCACUUCCACUCUCUGGUCUGUUCGACAAAAAAAUAGAUUCAGGUGACUUGCAUGGUAAUGAGAUUCGGCUUUUGCCGACAUGUUGUGGAAGUUUGUGCAAGUACUUGAUGAUAGCUUCUGGUAGAGCAUCGGUGUUUCUUCUCCGAGCAAGCACUGAGCGAACGAUAAAGUGUUGGGAUCAUGCUGUUGGGAUCAUAUGCGUUCAUGAAGCCGGAGGAAAGGUAACAGAUUGGGAAGGAGUUGAUAUAAAUCUGGAGGAAGAUCAAUCUGAAAGGAGGAUCAUUUUUCCGGCGGGUGGUGUUGUGGUUAGCAACGGAAGUUUACAUCAUCAGCUUCUUGAGAUGAUCUCUUCUGCUUCCCCAACUCUUUGAUUUAUAUGACUACUCACUCUACACUAAAGAGUUUAUAUGAUUUUUUACACACUAAAAUGUGAUUAUAACUUCAUGUCUCCAUAAUCUCUUUGUUUGCCUUUAUGUGAGAAAUUGACCAUAUCCUUCUUUUAGUAAAUUUGAAAGUUCAUCAUACCUG